GACGAGGAGACUAGGCUCUCACAAUGCCUGCAACUCGCGUCAGCCACUAGCGCUGAACCACAAGUCCCAGAAUACAACACACUCCUGAGUUUCUCGUAGUAUGAGCAAGCGCUCCUAGAGGUUCCGGGGGCAGGCGGUAUUCACUUCCGGCAGCGACUAGCGGGGCUAUGGCUGCCCUGCUCAGAGCAGUGACCCAGUGGCAGAGGGUAGCUGCCUGGGGGAGGCCGCUCCAUGGGCUGUGCUGCAGUGCGCGGGAUCCCAGGAGGUGGGUGGGAAGCAGACCACCCACCUUGAAGGAGACACCAUCAGACACAGAGACGGAGAAAUUCCAGAUGGUCUACCGGUUUGGUGCCAUCAGAGUCUUCGGAUUCCUGUCUCGGCUGAAGGUGGCACAGACGGCCCUGACGGUGGUGGCCCUGCCGCCAGGCUUCUAUUUGUACACCCAGGGCCUGAUGAGUCUUGGCUCCCUGUGCCUCAUGGGUGGGAUAGCUGGCUUUGCCCUGGCCAUGCUGUGCUGGAUGAGCCAUUUCUUCCGGAGGCUGGUGGGCAUCUUGUACGUGAAUGAGUCAGGCACGGUGCUGCGGGUGGCCCACCUGACCUUCUGGGGCUCGCGGCAGGAUACCUGCUGCCCCGUGGCUGAUGUGAUCCCCCUCAUGGAAACCAGGGACCGGCCCCAGGAGGUGUUCGUCCGUAUCCAGCAGUACAGUGGGAAGCAGACUUUCUACCUUAGUAUGCGCUAUGGAUGCAUCCUGGACAGAGAACGAUUCACACAGGUGUUUGGGAGAGUGGACAUGCCCAGAUAAACUCCUGGAAGCUGGGCUUCCAGGUAUCCCUGGGCCACCUGGAUCUCUAACAGGAAGGCUGACAAAGAGGAACAGGCAGCUGGAGACUUUGCCAGGGCUCCUAGGAACUUUAUGGUGACCCCAUGUGUGCAGAGUAGAACUGUGCUCCAUAGGAUUUUCAAGGCUGUGACCUUUCAGAAGCAGAUCAGCUGGCCUUGCAGUCACCAUGAGUCAAAAUCGACUGGAUGGCAAAUAACAACAGCAAUCCAGGAACUUGUCUUAUGGGAUGAAGAAAUUCAUGUGGCAAAAGCUAGUAACCAGGUUUAAUAAAAAGGCCCUACGUGCAAGUUCUCACUGCACUUGUGGAUAAUGUUCAAAUAAUGGCCAGAAACUUCUCCUAAGAGCCAGUUCUUGGAGGAAGCUGUCUCACGGUCACCCAAGCAGUGCACUGCUGUGGAAUCGGAAGGCAGAGUGGUGUGGCUGGGGAGCACCGGAUUUGGAGUCAGAAGACUUAGGUCAUCUGAACCUUGGUUUUCACUCUGUAAAAUGGGGAG